UGGAGAUCUUGAAGCUCUACAGAACUUACAGUGUGAACAGAGAUCCUUGAAGAAUGAAAAGUCUGAUGUCUCUGAUCUUCCUGGUGCUGUUCUGCUCUAUGCAGGUGUCUUCAAGUGCUCCCAAUGCAAUUGCUAUGGCUCAGUCAACGUGCUGUUCAGAAUUUACAAAUGCAGCGAUUCCUUUCAAACGGUUGGUCUCAUACAAGCAGACCAGCAGCAGCUGUGUCAAACAAGGCAUUGUGUUUAAGACAAUUGUAGGGAGAGAAAUCUGUGCAGACCUUGAGGAAAACUGGGUGCGCAGACAUAUUGUUAAAUUGGACAACAGAAGAACUGUGACAACAGCAAAAACUCCAAACACCACAGUCAAAAUCUAUUCCUCUGUUUCUAUUUAA